UGUGUACUUUGCAAAGCUCCGAACGGUAGGACUGGAUUAUGAUGCCAUAAUCUGACCCUAGAACAGCAGACAGCACGUGUACCUCGCCAUCUCCCUCCUUCUCGUAAUCUGACCGCAGAACAGUCGGUGGAGCGUCCUGUGUUCUCCAGUGCGGAGCGCAGCGGAGAGCAGCCAGAACAGGCCCGCCAUUUCACUGAAUGCCUCUAGUGCUUUUACACCGCAGGGUGGCCAAACCAGAGGGGAGGAGAAAGACAGAGGGGUCCGAAGAGCGCCCGCGAUGAGAGAUGAGUCAGCUAGGAGAGCUUUAGCCGACAUAUUUACCUGUUUUACUAUGUAGCGAACAAGGUACACUCGUUAUUUAUUCCCUAAAUAUAGGAUUCGACGUAGCCUAUCUGUCUGUGCUCUAGCGAUACGUUGUUUCUCCUCACAGCUUCCUUUCUGACCGCCUCGACGCUCUAUUUUAAAUCGUUAUCCAGGCUGCUCAAUGCCAAUUUACUGGCAAGCACUUCAGAGGAGAUAUUACAGUUCAUUUCAUUCAGAAAUCUGAAACUGGUAUCAUCAGUACACUCGUCUUUGUCCACAAACAAGAUGAUGUCGGGGCAGAGCAUUACGGACAGGAUAACUGCAGCUCAACACAGCGUUACCGGAUCAGCCGUCUCCAAAACAGUAUGCAAGGCAACAACGCACGAAAUUAUGGGUCCCAAAAAGAAACAUUUGGACUACCUGAUCCACUGUACCAAUGAGAUGAAUGUAAACAUCCCUCAGCUGGCCGACUCCCUGUUUGAGAGGACCACCAACACCAGCUGGGUCGUCGUCUUCAAGUCCCUCAUCACCACACACCACCUCAUGGUCUACGGCAACGAGCGCUUUGUCCAGUACCUGGCCUCAAGGAACACAUUAUUCAACCUCAGUAACUUCCUGGAUAAAAGUGGAUUACAAGGCUAUGACAUGUCCACCUUCAUCAGGAGGUAUAGCCGCUACCUGAAUGAGAAGGCAGUGUCAUACCGACAGGUGGCAUUUGACUUCACUAAAGUAAAGCGAGGGGUGGACGGUGUAAUGAGGACGAUGAACACAGAGAAGCUUCUUAAGACCAUCCCCAUCAUCCAGAAUCAGAUGGACGCGCUGCUGGACUUCAACGUCAACGCUAACGAGCUCAGUAAUGGGGUCAUCAAUGCAGGCUUCAUGCUGCUGUUCAAAGACUCCAUCAGGCUCUUCGCCGCCUAUAACGAAGGCAUCAUCAACCUGCUGGAGAAAUACUUUGACAUGAAGAAAGUGCAGUGCAAAGAGGGCCUGGACAUCUACAAGAAGUUCCUGACCAGGAUGACCCGCAUCUCGGAGUUCUUGAAGGUGGCCGAGCAGGUGGGGAUCGAUCGAGGGGACAUCCCAGACCUGUCCCAGUUCACGGUGUGUGCUCCCAGCAGUCUCCUGGAGGCUCUUGAGCAGCACCUGGCCUCGUUGGAGGGGAAGAAGGUGAAGGACUCCACAGCCGCCAGCAGGGCCAGCACCCUGUCCAACGCCGUGUCCUCUCUCGCCAACACCGGCAUGUCCUUCACCAAAGUGGACGAGCGGGAGAAGCAGGCCGCUCUGGAGGAGGAGCAGGCACGCCUCAAAGCCCUCAAGGAGCAGAGACUGAAGGAGCUGUCCAAGAGGCCGUCGUUUGGCACCACAGACACAUCUCCCAUCUCCACCACCGGGGGCAGCAUCAGCACGGCUUCUGCCAUGGACCUCUUCUCCACACCCAGCUGCUCAAACGGUGCCCUGAAGAUGGAGAACGACCUGUUUGACCUUCAGACGACCUUCCACUCCACAGUGCAGCCGAGCACCUCUGUGGCUUCUGGAUGGGGAGAUCCUUUCUCUUCCUCUGAGGCGGUCGAUGACGCCAUUCCAAACCUUAACCCUUUCCUAAGCAAGCUUGUUGUUGAGGCAGCCCCUGCCCCCGUAGUGUCCCCCGAGGGACUUAGUUUCUCCUCUAGGACUGCAGGGCAUGACAUGUUUGGUGAUCAAUACAAUCCCUUUAUUGACCCAAGCUCAUCUAUUUCAACCAAUUACAAACGCACAGUGCGGAUAGAAAGCUUACUCUCAGACUCGUUCGGCUCCGCCUCCGCGCUCCAGCACCUCCCCAACCCGCCCCCCUUCCCGCAGGAGCCCUCUGCUGCAACUGGUCUCUUUAGAGGGUACUCCAUGCCCUCCGCCCCCCCCCAGACGGCGGCCCCUCUGCAGGUGGACUUUGAGUCGGUGUUCGGUUCCAACGCUGGCUCCAGCAGCCAAGACUCUGAUGACCUCACCGGCGGAAUCCUGAAACCCACCAUGGCGUCCUCUGGCCAACUCCACAUCCCCAAUCUGCCAGACAGACUCGUGUCUGACGACCUGGACUCCUCCCUCGCCAACCUGGUCGGCAGUCUAGGGAUUGGAAACGGCACCACAAAGAAUGAUAUCCACUGGACCCAGCCCGGAGAGAAGAAGCUGACCGGGGGAAUGCACUGGCAACCCAAAGCUGCUCCCACGACCACAUGGAACCCUGUUUCUAUGCCUCCCUCUGUCAUGGCCUUCCCUGCCACCACCCCCACUGGCAUGAUGGCCUAUGGCAUGCCACCUCAGAUGGGCUCUAUGGGGAUGAUGACUCAGCCCACCAUGAUGUACUCCCAGCCCGUCAUGAGGCCGUCCAACCCCUUUGGCUCCGUCUCCAGCGCACAGCCCUCAGCUGCGUCUAGCCCCUCCAGUCAAAGCCCCCUCCGUGGGCCUGGACAGGACCCCUUUGCACAGCUCUCUCUCAAGGACUUCCUGUAGAGCAUCUCUUAGAUGCAGUUCAUGUAGGCUGAAGCUGAAGCUGAAGGAUGAAGAUCUCCUGUGAAGUCGACUCCCCCUGUUGGACACCUCCUCUUCCCGCAGGACAACUCCUCCCCCUGCAGGACACCUCCUCUUCCUGCUGGACACCUCCUCCCCCCUCUUGCUGCCUAGCCCUCUGGAGGAUCUGUUCCCAUCACAUGACAAAACAUCAGAAAUAAAACCCUCCACACACACACAUCGUGGACGGGAGCUGGUGUGAUUGUGUGUGUAAAGGAGGAGGAGGAGGAGCUUGCAGUGGUUUUUGUAAAUUGUCUGAGAUCACACUCUCUGCUGCUGUAACCCUUAGGGACUCUUCAUCCUCAUCCCCAUCAUCAUCCUCAUCCAAUUUAUAAUGUCUGAAGAUAGGCGUGGAUGCCCAGACACUUUGAUAUUAUGUAUUUGGAACUAUAGUUUGAUGUCAGAUCUGUUUUGUUAUAUUUUUGUUUUAUUUGAUUAAGUUUGGGUGUUCUUUAUGGAUACGAGGAGAGGAGAGGAGAGGAGAGGAGGGAGGAGGCACUUGCUUCUCCCUAUGAUGAACAAGGUGGGUAGUUCCCAUAGCAACUGAAGAUGGCACUGACACGUAGAGGAGCGGCUCGUCCCCCGUUAGCCCUGUUUAGUCUUGUCUUCUGACUUGUGUUCACAGGAGACGUUCCCUGUUUAGUCUUGUCUUCUGACGCGUGUUCACAGGAGACGUUCCCUGUUUAGUGUUGUCUUCUGACGCGUGUUCACAGGAGACGUUCCCUGUGUGCACUUUGUAUUUAUUUAUGAUUCUUGGUUUAAAAUGGGAGUUCUAUGAAGUACCUUUAAAUGGAGGGCCCAUGGCGAUGGAUGUAAGGGUUGUAUUAUGGAAGGGUAGAGAUUUUAAAUAGAUUUAUAAAAACAUACACCUCUUAAGGGAAUGACAGAGCACUAAAGGUUUGUGUUUAGAUCAAUUGUUUGUAGAUCAGAAACUUCACAACCCUGCAGUAUCAGGGGAAUAAGAAAUUAGAAAAAAAAAAUCAGUCAGGAAUCUAUAUAGUCAAUGCUAGGGUUUGAAAUGGAGUAUCAAUACUACGAUUUGAAAUGGAGGAUUUGAUUGACUAGCAAAACUCUGGUGCACAGCACUGAGGACCCAGGAAGCAUCUGACUCCAUAUGACCCUGAUCUGGCACAUAUAUGACCCUGAUCUAGCACAUAUAUAGCCCUGAUCUGGCACAUAUAUGACCCUGAUCUAGCACAUAUAUAGCCCUGAUCUGGCACAUAUAUGACCCUGAUCUAGCACAUAUAUAGCCCUGAUCUGGCACAUAUAUAUCCCUGAUCUGACACAUAUAUAACCCUGAUCUGGCACGUGAUCUUUGCACUGAUACGAAGGAUCCGGAGCACCUCUGGGCCUUGUGUGUGUGAGUCCGCUGCUCCCUGGGUGUGAGGGUUGUGUGUGUGACUCCGCUGCUCCCUGGGUGUGAGGGUUGUGUGUGUGUGCGAUACGCGUGGCUGGCCGUGGGACUGGCUGCCGCCUCUCAUCUGAAUGUGAAGAGUUUCCCUCGUCUCCGACGUCUUCCCACUCCCCCGCCCCACACCAACCCGCCACGGGGCACCAUUUCUCCGUCGGCAGCUGCUGCCACGAGGAGUCUGUUUACGCUGUAAAUUUGUUGUAAAAAAUUUAAAACAAAACAGAAGAUGACAAAGUGGACAGCUGCAGCGGAGUAAUGACAAGCACUGUUGAUCGGUGCUCUGUGUGUGUGUGUGGGGAGGGGGGAGGUGGGUGUGUGUGUGUGUGUGUGUGAGUGUGUGUGUGUGUGGGUGUGUGUAAAUAAAAUGGACUGUUCAUUUCACUAGGAGGCAACAGAUGGUUUGAAAGCAAUCCAAUCAGAACUGACUCUACCUGGCUUACAAUUUGACUGAAUAUUGUCUGUGUCGUGUUCACAGACAAAUAUGUUUUGUUUUAUCUAUUUAAAAGAUAUAUGCAUAAAGUGGUGGACUUCUUUUUUCUUCUUUUUCAAAUAAAGUGCAGCUUCCACAAGA